AAUCCAAACACACCAAACUCAAACAAAGUCCAAAAUCCAAGAAAGAAAUUUUAAAACAGAGACUUAAUUGUGUCUUGAUAAUGAUGAUGAUGGGAGGUGCGAUGGGAACCUUUGGUUCGAGCAUGGCAAGUUUGUUCUUCCUCUGGGCAACUUUUCAGCAAAUGUUCCCUGAUCACCUCAAGAUCGCAAUCAAAGAGUUCCUUUUGUCUACACUCCAACAAGUCUCUUUUUUCCAAAGAUUCUCCGACCACAUCAUCACCUUCUUCUCUCCUUACGUUGUCAUCAGCAUCCCAGAGUACGAAGAGUACUACCGUUUCAACCACGCUUUCGCUGCCAUCGACACUUACCUUGGAGCCAAAGCAAUCGAUAAAGCCCAUAAGCUCAAGGCAAGUCAGGUUAAAGAAAGUAAAGGUCUGGUCCUGAAACGUGACGAGGCUAAAGUCAGAGAUGUAUACCAAGGAGUUCAUGUCUGGUGGGAGAUUGUGACUAGUACUGAUGGAUACAGAACUCAGAAGCUCACUUUCCAUAGACGUGGGUUGGAGAUUGUAACCGGUUCUUACAUUAAGUAUGUGGUGGAAGAAGGGAUAUCAAUAGAGGCCAAGACCAAGAAGAUGAAGCUCUUCACGAAUAACCCUAGUUUAAACUGGGAAACUAGCAAGGGAAGCUUGUGGAGACACAUUGAUUUUGAGCAUCCGGCGAGUUUCAAGACAUUGGCUAUGGAUCCUGCGAAGAAACAAGAAGUUCUGAACGAUCUUGAAGCGUUCAGAAAUGGAAAAGAGUAUUACAAAAAGAUUGGGAAAGCUUGGAAGAGGGGUUACCUAUUAUAUGGACCACCAGGGACUGGUAAGUCCACAAUGAUCGCGGCUAUAGCGAAUCAUUUGAACUAUAACAUCUAUGAUCUCGAGCUCACGGCUAUUCAGAACAACUCAGAGUUGAGGAAACUUCUCACCGCAACAUCAAGCAAGUCGAUAAUUGUGAUUGAAGACAUCGACUGUUCGGUUGACCUUACUAGCAAGAGAAAGAAGAGAGAAGGUGACUUGAGCGUCAAGAAAUAUGGUGAACAAGGCAAAGAAGAUCAAAACCAGAGCAGAGUCACACUCUCGGGGCUUUUGAACUUCAUUGAUGGUAUAUGGUCGGCUUGUGGUCAAGAGAGGAUUAUCAUAUUCACAACGAAUCAUAUGGAGAAACUAGACCCGGCUUUGAUCAGGAGAGGAAGAAUGGAUAUGCACAUUGAGUUGUCUUAUUGUAGUUUCGAGGCGUUCAAGGUUCUAGCCAAGAACUACUUGGAUCUUGAUUCUCAUCCUCUGUUUAGUGAAAUUGAGUCUUUGCUCAAGGAUACAAAGAUGGCCCCAGCUGAUGUCGCGGAGAAGAUGAUGGCCAAGAAUCAAAACAUAGAUGUCGACGGGAUCCUCGACGACUUGGUUCAAAGUUUGGAGAGGAGGAGGAAGGAACAAAGAGGUGAUCAAGAUGAUGAUGGUCACAAGAAAAAAUCUAGUGGCAAGAAACUCGGAAUGUUUCGCGGUUUGUUUUAAAACAACGUCCGAUUUAUCUAUCUUUUAAUUAAUCUUUAUGUAGUAUUCUAUAUAUUACUGUCUCCAGCAUGUUACUUUAUUUUACUAUCUUGGAUUAAACCUGUUUGAACGUGAUAACACAAUUAUUUAUGAAACCGAAGAAAAUAUUACACAUAGGGGUACAUUGUUUUCUAGUUGAAAAACACAAAAUACAUUUUUUUUUUUUUUUUUUU